AAUGUAUAAAAAAAGAUCGGAAUUGUAAACCAAGGAUUUUCUGAAAUGCGCAUGCGUUGGUCACGAAAACUGAAGCCACGCCCCCCUCAGAUAAGGUAGAUAAGAGCGGACGAAGAUGAGAUAUUUUGCAGAAAGUCUGAUCCUCAAAAACAUCUUUAGGAAAACGUCUGUCGAGCGAGAACCUUCCCCCGAAAACGUCUAUGGAAAACGUUGGUCAAGAUAGAACGUUUCCGGAGAAGUGACAAAGAAUGCUCGCCGCCCUAAUAACUUCAGUGACCUUGAUGUGCUUGGCCAAGGAGGGCCAUCUCGUAACUCCGCUUGGACACGUAGCUCUGUCAGGUCCCAUAUACGUGGAUGCUUCUAUAUAUUACAGGGCGUUUUCAGAGCAGAGGAUGGUUAAAACGAUUAAUCUUAUUCCAGGGUUAUCGCGAGCCUGGGCCGUCAUGCACUGUACUCGCGAGUGCCUGAAAAUUGAGGACUGCCAUUCUUUGUGCUCACGUCUUCAAGUGACAUCUGUUACCUCACCAACUUCAGCCGCUGCGCCGAACCGACCUUUGUGUUAUAUCGGAAAAGCGGUUUCCAGACGUACGACGUGAGACGCGAACGAAACUCGCUGGACGAAACCUGCUUCGAUGCGUGCGGAAGCUGCGAUGACUGCGGGAGGAGUAAUUGCCGAGGACUCCUUUGCGAUGACUGUGCCUACGCUUGCUGGGACGAGGACAUGGGUUCGAAGAGGGGGUUUCAACACCUGUGGCCGAAAUCGAACCCAGUGUUAAGGAGGGACAUCGAAUGCGACGGAUUCUGGCAGAAGGUCUGGGGCAGCUCUUGCGAGGGUGACGUUGAGUUCAGCGUAUAUGACACCCUGUUGGCAGAGCGAGUGACUCUCAGGCUCACCAUAACCUACGACGAUGGUGACACCAUCCACAGUUUCUUCGACAGUUUUGAGUAUUCCGAAGAUUCCAUCUCUGUAGGCAAGUAUUUGAAGGGCAAUGCAGGCAACUUCUGGGAAGCUCCUUUCACUCAGCGCGCUCUCGUCGCCACGAAGGACUGUCUGGCUUUCUUUUACGCUGAAGGAUCAUGUCCAGCACCACCAGGAGAGGAACCUGUUUACUACUGGCAAGUAAACGAUCUUGAGAGAAACUCCCAAGUCAUCCAGGCGAUAGAACUGUGGAUCACAGAAGGGAAGAAGAUAAAAGAAUAAGAAGAGAAACACAAGAUUCUUGAUUUUUUGUCUCGUUCCUUUAUUUAUCUUAUUUUCUUGUCAUUAUUUUACCAUGUUUCUUUACAGAUUUUUUUUUUUGUGAAAAUAAUAUAAUUUAUUCCCAGUCUUGCUUUCAACUAAUUUUGUACCGGGUUAGAUCAAAAACAAGUAACUGCACCUUUUUUUUUUUUUUAGUUUAUGUGCUAUUAUUUUCGUUUUCUUUCUUUCCUCGUCAGUCCAUAGAAAACGAAUAUAUUACACAGGAGACUUUAAUUAUUUAUCUUCGCCAACUUAACACUAAUUCACAAGCUUAUCCCAGACCACCAAAUGCGUUUCUUAGGAUACGUAAUUUCUUUUUAGUUUUCUGUCACAGAUGAGGCAGAGAAAAAGUACUCUCACGAAGUAACCCCAGAAUUGUCAGACACCUAUUUCCUCAUUAACCCAACCGCCCCGGAUGUAUGUUUUGUCCCCUGUAGGUUUUUUCUGUUUGUUUUUUUUUCUUUUUUGUGAAUGUUGUUACAUAUAGAUGGCUCCACAUGUGCUCCGCCGACAAGGAG